CGGUCUGCGCGCCAUCUUGGCUACUCCGUGAGGGUCGAGCGUCUACUGGCGACCGUGUGCAUAUCCAGAGAGAGACCCACCAACGUCGCGAGGGCAGAAUGGAACAGUACCGGAGGGCCGGCUCUGUAGAGCUUCCAGCCUCAUCACCAAUGCCCCAGCUACCUCCUGACACUCUGGAAAUGCGAGUCCGAGAUGGGAGCAAAAUCCGAAACCUGCUAGGGCUGGCGCUGGGUCGUUUGGAAGGGGGAAGCACCAGGCACGUGGUGUUCUCAGGCUCUGGCCGGGCUGCUGGAAAGGCUGUCAGCUGUGCAGAGAUUGUCAAAAGGCGGGUUCCGGGCCUACACCAGCUCACCAAGCUCCGCUUCCUGCAAACGGAGGACAGCUGGGUCCCAACUUCACCAGACACGGGACUAGACCCCCUCACAGUCCGACGCCACGUGCCUGCGGUGUGGGUACUGCUUAGUCGGGACCCCUUGGACCCCAGUGAAUGUGGCUACCAACCCCCAGGUGCACCUCCUGGCCUGGGUUCCAUACCUAGUCCCAGCUGUGGCCCCAGACCCCGAAGGAGGGCUCGGGACACCCGGUCCUGAAGAUCUGCUGCGCCUGACUGUUCUCUAGACCUGAAUAUCUGUGCCUUCUCUAAGAAGAGCUUGUGCCGGCAAGGCUUAAGUCUACCGAACUUGCCCCUCCCCUCCGGAAUGUGGGGUGGAACUGUUAAAAAGACUGGCGUGGGUCAGUGCUGAGUUAAAGACUGCUUGAGAAGGGCUCACUCUGUCUCUACAUCUCACUUGCCUUUUCUGACGUCCGACUAGGGAAGGGAAAUAAAGGUUAUGCCUGUU